AUGGACGGCUCGAUGGGCGCCCUCGACCCCCUGGCCGAGGCCAAGCAUUUCGCCCUCACGCAUAUCGUGUACGACCCCUCGUCGCAUCUAGGGAUUCCAUUAGCGCUUCUUUCGCUAUCCCCAAUCUUCCUGUUCGUCGCGUACUUUGCCCUCGUCAUUUUUGGGCGGCGUGUCACACUCCUCCUCCUGGCCAUCGGGAGUGUGGGGAACGAAGUGCUCAGUCUGGGCUUGAAGAGAGUUAUGCGCGCGCCGAGGCCGUAUCCCCACCUUGCUCAUGUCGGGACUGGGUACGGAAUGCCAAGUAGCCAUGCGCAGGCUGGUGCGUUCGUGUUCGCUUGGGCUGCAGGGUAUGCCCUUUCCCAGAGCGAGAGAUACCCCGCUCGAACCGUUUCGGCACGGGCCAAGACUAUGUACGCCAUCAGGACGGGGAUAUACCUCUUCGGUCUGGCCAGCUGGUCGCUCGCCGUCGCAUACUCUCGAUUCGCGCUCCGGUACCACUCCGUCCCCCAGAUCGUGGCGGGCUACGUCGUCGGCCUCGUCGCUGGCGCCGCAUGGUACACUCUCACUGAACAUGUUCCCCGAACGGCUCCCGAGUCGGUGCCGGGCCGCAUCCGCCACACGAUCGAGUGGCUUUGGACGGGCCUCGGAGGUAUCGGAGGGUGGCAGCUUGGCGGCGCUGAAGGCGGCUGGCUCGAGGGGUGGAUGUUUGGCGUCCACGACGAGCGCAAGGUGCAGUAG